AUGGUCAAACAAAUGAGGACACACAAAAAGUCCCAAAUUGUCAAGGUGGUGCUCAGUUUACUGGUGUGUAUUCUGGUGAAAGUACCCAAAAGUGACAUAAAGGUCGUUCACGAGUCCCCGCCCACGACCACAGAGGUCGUUCACGAGUCCCCGCCCACGACCACAGAGGUCGUUCACGAGUCCCCGCCCACAACCACAGAGGUCCUUCACGAGUCUCCGCCCACGACCACAGAGGUCCUUCACGAGUCUCCGCCCACGACCACAGAGGUCCUUCACGAGUCCCGCCCACGACCACAGAGGUCCUUCCACGAGUCUCCGCCCACGACCACAGAGGUCCUUCACGAGUCUCCGCCCACGACCACAGAGGUCCUUCACGAGUCCCGCCCACGACCACAGAGAGGUCGUUCACGAGUCCCCGCCCACGACCACAGAGGUCGUUCACGAGUCCCCGCCCACGACCACAGAGGUCGUUCACGAGUCCCCGCCCACGACCACAGAGGUCGUUCACGAGUCCCCGCCCACGACCACAGAGGUGCGUUCACGAGUCCGCCCACGACCACAGAGGUCGUUCACGAGUCCCCGCCCACGACCACAGAGGUCGUUCACGAGUCCCCGCCCACGACCACAGAGGUCCUUCACGAGUCUCCGCCCACGACCACAGAGGUCCUUCACGAGUCUCCGCCCACGACCACAGAGGUCCUUCACGAGUCCCCGCCCACGACCACAGAGGUCCUUCACGAGUCUCCGCCCACGACCACAGAGGUCCUUCACGAGUCUCCGCCCACGACCACAGAGGUCCUUCACGAGUCUCCGCCCACGACCACAGAGGUCCUUCACGAGUCUCCGCCCACGACCACAGAGGUCCUUCACGAGUCUCCGCCCACGACCACAGAGGUCCUUCACGAGUCUCCGCCCACGACCACAGAGGUCCUUCACGAGUCUCCGCCCACGACCACAGAGGUCCUUCAUGAGUCUCCGCCCACGACCACAGAGGUCGAUGUUCUGUACCUGGUUCCCAGUGUUUUGUUAAAUUGUUCAUCUUUUGUUUACUUUAUAACGCUGCAUUUAGAUCCUCCAUCCUCGCCUGCCUCGAUACACAUUACACUGUGA